GUUUCUGAGAUCCUCCUGCUGAAUCUAGUGUUGAUUGUGUUGUGUCUCCAGUCCAGCAGGAGUCGGUAUGAAGCUCUUUAGUCCGCCGGUAAACUCACUAAACAAAGAAAGAAGAACUCACAGUUUGUUUAGAUGUUCAGCUGCUGCGUCUUUCAUACAUUUAUGUCACUUAUCUGUUUCUAUUCUUGAUGAUUUCCUCUCUUUCAUGACAGCAAACCAAACGUUUUCUCUUUGUUUUGACAAGAGCUUUAAAUAUCCUGUUUCAGGAGUCUUAUUGAGUUUUUGUGUUGAGAUGUUGAAGAUGAGUUUGCAGGUGGAUUUGAUGUGCUGUAAAUCAGUAGGAACUGAUCUGUCCAUGCUGGAUAUUGAUGAUUUGAUGACAGAAAUCUCUCAGCUGAAGAAAGAGGUGGCGUUACUGGAGGCAAAGCUGAGGGAAAGAGGAGAUCCACUGAACGGAGAGGAGCUGGAGAAGGUUUCCUGUCAAUCUUCAGUGUGUGUGACUGAUGGGACCUCCACAGAAUGUCAGGAUUCAGUGUGGAGCGUCAGAGAUCAGAGAUCUGAACAGAGAUCCAGAGACACACAGGACUCAGAGCUCAGCCUCACUUUACUCUGUUAUACUGACACUCAGGAGAGUGUGUGUGACAGUAAUCAGGGUGAUCAAACCUCCACAGAGUCUCUGGCUUCUGUCUGUAACGCUGGAGAACAACAGAUGCUGCAGAUACCAUUGAAGAUGUGUUCAGUGAAGCUGCUGGACUGCAGGAACCUGAUGGAGAUGAGAGGAGAAACCACAGCAGAGGAACAACAUGAUGAUCAUGAUGAAGAUGAUGAUGAUGAUAUUCAACAUGAUGAUCACGAUGAAGAUGAUGAUGAUGAUGAUGAUGAUGUUAUUCAACACGAUGAUCACGAUGAAGAUGAUGAAGAUGAUGAUGUUAUUCAACAUGAUGAUAACGAUGAUGAUCUUAUUCAACAUGAUCAUGAUGAAGAUGAUGAUGAUGUUAUUCAACAUGACAGUUACGAUGAUGACGACGAUUUUAUCUCUUCAGAUGCGAACAGUGUUUCAUCUUCUGAUGGAGAAGCGGCUUCUACCUCAAAAGCAAGACAUGAGAGAAGAGUGCACACAGGAAAGGAGGAGUUUCACUGUGAUCAGUGCGGGAAGGUUUUCUUUGUACCUUCUCUUCUAAAGACUCACAUAAAGAGACACAAUGAUGAAAAGCCUUUUCAAUGCAGUGAAUGUAACAAGUGUUUCAGAACGAAAAGAAAUCUUGUUAUUCAUGGGAGAAUACACACAGGAGAGAAACCGUUCAAGUGUCCUCACUGUGAGAAGAGAUUCAGACACGGAUCCCAUCUGAAGGAACACUGUGUCCGUUUGCACAAAAAAGAGAGACUGUAUCAGUGCACCGAAUGUGGGAAAACCUUUGUACAACUAGAUUCUCUGAAGUCACAUCAGAAAAUACACUCUGAGAAAAAAACCUAUCAAUGCUCACACUGCGAUAAACAAUUUCCUAAAAAUUCUUACCUGGUAGUCCAUGAGAGAACACACUCUGGAGAGAAACCUUACCUCUGUUCUUACUGUGGAAAGAGAUUUUCUGAUCGACGUCAAUUCAGAGUUCACGUGAGAGUUCACACGGGAGUAAAGCCUUAUAACUGUAGAGUUUGUGGGAAGAGCUUCAGUCAAUAUGCUCACUUAUCAAAGCACCAGAGGACACAUACUGGAGAAAGACCUUACAAAUGCACUCAGUGUGACAGAACGUUUGCUCGAUCAGAUGUCCUGAAAACCCAUCAGAGAGUGCAUACAGGAGAGAAACCUUACAGCUGCUCUAUCUGCAGGAAGGAAUUUUCUCAUUUAAAAAGUUUUAAUAUUCAUCAGAAGAUACAUGCUAAAGAACAGGCUGCCCUGAAAUCAUCGUAGCAUCUUUACAUGUAAAUUUUGAACUACAUUUUCAUAUUGAUUGGCUAAUCAGAUAAAAGCAAGAACUCUGUUUUAUUAUUUAUUUGCUUUUAUAAGUAUGCUACAUAUUUACCAUGAAUGAUUCAUUAUAAUAAUCAAUCUUAAUUAUAAUUAAUAAUAAUCAUGCAUAAUACUUGCAUACUAUGUUUGUUUUACUCAUAUGUUACCUUAUAAGUUGAUUAUAUUUUACCCCAUGAUAUUUGAUCAUUUAUGCCUUAAAAAGCCCAAAGUGUACUUUUAAAUCUAGUGUCUGUGUACAGUCGAACGUUCAGCAUUUCAAAUUAUUCUAUUUAUCUGUGCGCACAUACACAGGAGGUUGGCACAUACUGCGCGUUCAGAGUACGCGCAGUUAGAAAAAUCGGGCUGCCCGUGUUCAGUGCUCGAGCACUCUGAUGAUGACGAAAUUUGUGUCACGCAUCCUGUACGCAGAAGUGUAUUGUUCACAUCCGACGUAAGUAUGCUUUGGGCUUAAGUGACCCUUGUUUAAAAUACUUAUGAUGUAGUUCCUUUGAAUGUCCAUAAGAUGGCGGCAAUGUAUACAUUUUGAGAACAAUGCUGAACUUGUAGUCAUGUAACCUUGAAAUAGAAAUAACUACUGUACGUUUGAUAAGGCUUCAACAUGCAGCUGUUUGCAGACCCCUCCAAAUGAUCCAGAAUGCAGCAGCACGUCUGAUCUUUAAUGAACCAAAGAGAGCGCAUGUUACACCACUCCUUUUCUCUCUUCACUGGAUGCCGGUUGAUGCACGUAUCAGAUUCAAGGCUCUGAUGCUGGCAUACAGAACAGUCACUGGGUCUGCUCCAGCAUAUCUAAAAUAAUUUCUGUAGAGCUACCUGUAGAGAAGCCUGCGGUCGGCUAAGGAAUGUUGCGUUGUUGCACCAACACAAAGAGGCACCAAAACACUUUCCCGGACUUUAUGCUUCAUCGUACCACAUUGGUGGAAUGACCUUCCCAACUCCAUCCGUGAAGUUGACUCACUUUCUUUCUUUAAAAAACAGCUAAAAACACAUCUUUUCCAUGAGCACUUAACCAGUCACAAAACAAAAUAAAAAAUUAUUGUUGCACUUUAAUCUGUUUUAAAUACCACUAUUCUGAUGCUAGUGAAACUUUGUAAUAUGGCACUUUUCAUACCACUGUCUCCUUAAGAUGAUUCGCUUAUGUUUUCCUCUUUGUAAGUCGCUUUGGAUAAAAGUGUCUGCCAAAUGAAUAAAUGUAAAUGUAGAAUAAAAGAUCAUAUACAUGUAUUAGAAUAGAGAAGUUUAACCUAAAUGUAACCAGUGAUAUAAACGUGGUAGACAUAAAUGUACAACAGAGAUUUGGGUAUGUAUGAAAAUCUACAUACUAAUUAUCUAAUUGUCUAAUUAUCACAUCGCAUUUUAAUGAACAUCUGAUAAAAAUCAUACAAACAAUCUGAAUCAUGCUUUGAGACAUUGAUGAUUUAGAAUGUUUGUAAAUCUGAUCUUUUUUUAGAUCACUACAUGUACAUAGUAGACUUUAUUAUAAAGUGUAUUAUAGUCCUAUAUUUUACCAGGAUUGCCCCAUAUGUAUCCACAGAGGUCUGGGCUAAGUGGUGAAAAUCCACUGACCCUAGAACUGCCACUGAUCUAACUGUAUAAUUUAAAAAAAAAAGUGAAAUAUGGGGGAAUAAAUGUGUCAACCAAGCCUUUAGGUAACAACGUACAGCCAAUACACAAUAAAAUAGGAUUUUAUGGACAGCAAAAUGUGUUUAAAAUGUAAUGGAAAUGAAGUAAAAUAGUAUUGUUGUGUGGUGCUCUUUGCUCACUUGUUUCCCUAUAGGAAAGACAGUACAACCUAAUAAAGGCUUUUCUAA